AAAAGGAGUUGCAUUUGCAUUUUAGACGGAGGUACAGCGUAAUCUGCAACUACUCGUCCAGGACAAUGGAUGACGCCGAAACUCUACCUGAUUACGGAGAUUUGUCCCGAAAAGUAGUCUCCGUAGCCGCCGGCGAAGCUCACACUCUUGCUCUCACAGGGGAUGGCCGUGUCUAUUCAUGGGGAAGAGGAAUGUUUGGCCGGUUGGGGACUGGUUCGGAGGCCGAUGAGGCUGUUCCGGUUCGAGUCAAGUUCGAUUCAUCUAAAGAGAAGGUGCUCAAGUUCGAGGGAAUAGCUGCGGGUGCCUAUCACAGUCUUGCUCUUGCAGAUGAUGGAUCAGUUUGGUGCUGGGGUUACAACACCUACGGUCAACUUGGGUUCGAUGAGGAGAGGUCUGUUGUGCCUCAUUUAAUGGAGAGGUUUUUGGAGCUGGGCUCUCCAGGUUCUCUGACAGACGAGCCGGAGACAGAGAGCAAAACUCCACUGAAGGUUCGUGCCGUCAGGGCUGGAGGAAUGAUGUCUUUGGCAAUUGAUAAUCAUGGGGCCCUCUGGAUGUGGGGCAAUGGCCCCUUGCAAAGCAGUAGCAGUAGUGAAGGUGGGUUUUCCCUUGCAAGCAGUCUCACCCCAGUUCCUGUUUAUGAUUUCUAUGGACACACAGUUGUGAAGGUGGCUUGUGGAAAUGAACAUGUGGUGGCCCUGGUUAGUGCUGGAGAAACGUAUAAAGGUGAAGACUUGAUAUGCUACUCUUGGGGUAGCAACAAUCAUGGCCAGCUGGGUCUGAGAGAUGAAGAAAGCAGACUCCAUCCUGAAAUCAUUGAAGCAUUUAACCAGGAUUCUCGUUGGGCAGUUUAUGAAAUAGCAUGUGGGGCCUUUCACACAGCUUUGCUUACUCACAAAAAGCGACCAAAUGAUAAAUUAGAAAGCAUUUGCUGGACAUUCGGCCUUGGGGAUAAUGGGCAGCUUGGGCACGGAACUACGCAGAAUGCAUUGUUUCCUGAACCUGUAAAGGAACUGCCACAAAAUGCAUAUCUGGUCUCUGUUGACUGUGGCUUAUUUCACACAGCUGUUGUUUCAUCAGCUGGAGAUGUGUGGUCAUGGGGAAUGGAGAAGGGUCUUGGUCUAUGCCCAGAUGCUAGUUUUAGCGGAACUGAUGCAGGGGACGCUGUUUCUCCCCGCUUGAUCUCCGGUGAUGGUCUGGAUGGGCCAAAAUUUGAGGGUCCAGUUCAAGUCACUUGUGGAGCUGCCCACACUGUUCUUGUUGCACAAGAUGGAUAUAAGCUUUGGUCAUGGGGCAGGGGAAGGAGUGGGGUUCUUGGUAAUGGUAAGUUAAUUGAUUGUUACUCUCCCACUAUUGUACUGUGGCCACCACUAGCAGAGGACUUUAAGCAAGAGGAGUUGAGGACUGUAAGUGAUGAAGAUAGGAUUCCUCAAAAUGAUCUAGAAAGACUCAAAAUUGGUGAUAGGGAUUCUAAGAUGAUGGAACAAACAGAUAGAAGAUUGUCUUUAGCUAUUGAAGAGAUCAAGCUUCUCAAAUCACGACUUUCCAUAAUGGAAAGAUAUGCUAGCAUAAUCCAUGGUUCAAUUUUUGGCAGACCUUUUGAGGAGCAAGACAUUCCAGCCUCACUUCAGGGAUCUGGGACUUUUGAUGUUGCCAAGGAAUGGGACAACAUGUUAGAAUCAGCCGAUCAGAAUCAGCUUGUCAGGCUGGAAGUGUUCUACCGAAACAUGCUUGCAGGUGUUACGGAUAAGAAAAUGAAGAGAAGGAUCCAAGAGAUUAUAAAGGAAUGUCUGCAUUCUUCGACUAAACAAGAUUGAUAAUACGGCUAAUACUAUGCAGGAAAUUGAACAUAAUUUAAACUUCACUUGUCAAACACAAUCCGUGUUGUUUGUCUUUGGCAAAACCCACCUCCAAUGACUAUGAGCGCUGUUGGUGGUUCUUCAUUUGCAGAAUCCCUAGUCAAGUACCAACAUGAAGACAUUUUAAAGUUGAUAUCUGGAUUCUUGUAUGUGAAAAACAAGAGGCAUAAUGCUUGGACUGUGUAUCAGCUAGUUUGCAUCUGCUUUUGUUUAGGCUCAAAUUUACUUAUUUUGUAAUAUAUGUUGUACCAAUAAGUUUAAAAAGUUUGUAUGUAUAUUUGCCUCCGUUGCCAUUCAUAUC